UUAACUGUAAAUAUGUGCGUGUGGCCAAUAUUUAUUUAAUUAUAGAUUUAGUCGAUAAUAAGUUUCAUCGUAUUUAAUACAUAAAUUUUGUAUUAGUGAUUUAAGUCUUGAAAUGUUAUAUUUCUUGCUUUUUUAACAAUUUCCAAGAUUAAUCAUCGGUUACAUAAUCUUUACGUAAAUAGUGAGCGAUGAGUAGUGAUAUAGUGCUGUAUUGACAUUUGUUUUGCAAAUACAUAUAUAUUACAUAAAAUACAUUAAUCGCAGCUCGCUCGAAUAAACACGACGUGAAGUUGUUUCAAAGUGACAAGCAAUGGCUAAGAAACUGCUAUAUUCAACAAUAUUAAACCGUAACUACUUGAAUAUAAGACCUAUUUUGAAAAAAGUUCAGGUUAAACACAUUCAUACUGAGGUUUCUGUGAAGGAAAUACAAAUUCCUGUAAAAUGGGGACAUGUAGCAGCAAGAUUAUGGGGUGGGGAGAACGAAAAACCGAUACUAGCAUUGCAUGGUUGGCAAGAUAAUGCUGGUACUUGGGACCCCCUAGCGCCAAGUCUUUGCAAUAAGCGUCCGAUACUAGCAAUUGAUUUUCCUGGUCAUGGACUUUCAACCUGGAUUCCAGAAGGUAUGCAGUACUACCCGUGGGAUUUACCUCGCCUUAUUCUUUAUAUAAAGGAAUAUUUUAAAUGGGAAAAAGUAUCACUAUUAUCUCACUCUAUGGGUUCCAUAGCUGGAAUGCGUUUCGCAAGUGUUUUUCCAGAUGAGAUAGAUUUUUUCAUCGCAAUCGACAGUCUUAUUUACGACGAUUACGAUUUAAAUCAGAUAGUAGAGAACUACCCAAAGAUUUUACGCAAAAUAGAAAAGACGCAAUCUUUAAAAGGAGAGCCGCCAUGCUACCCAUUGGAAGAAAUGAUAAAAAUAUGGCAUUUAGGGACAAGGAAAUCAGUUUCUAUGGAAAGCGUCCCACAUCUCAUUAAACGCGGUGCAAAAGCGUCAACUCGCGAACCUAACAAGUACUAUUUUUCAAGAGAUCCUAGACUAAAACACACAUUAUUCUGCGUUGAAGAUAAAAAGUUCGUUGAGGCUCUCGUCAGAAGAAUAAAAUGCCCAACACUUUACAUCAAAGGAAUAGAUUCGCCUUACGCUUCAGACGAACACUCAGUUGAAAUGCGAGAAUUAAUUGCCCAAAAUAACAGUGAAUUCGAGAGCCAUUUUCUAGCUGGCACUCACCAUCUGCACUUGAAUACUCCGGAACUGGUGGUACCUAUUGUUUUAAAUUUUUUACAAAAAUAUAAUUUUAUCAAGUAGUAAAAUAUAGCUAAAUAAUUAGUGUAAAAUAAUUUCAGUAUUUAUUUGCAACUAUUGUGAUACAAAUAUUAAUAGCUACAUAAUGGUCUAUUUAUUUUUGUAAUAGAAGUUAAUUGAAAUAGUUUUACACAAUGCUAAUAUAACAACAAUAUUUAUAUAUAUGCAUUUAGAAUUAAGCAAUGCUACGCUUAUAGCAACGAAAUAAUGUAAAACAUUAAAUAAAAGAAUUUAAAAAAAGUGUGCAAUAUUUUUUAAUAAGUAUUUUUGUUUUAAAUAAAAUAAGUUAUUAAAUU